AUGCCGGACGUCGACAUGUACGCAGAACCCGAGGAGGAUGCACCUGAGCCAGGGACGAGGCGAAUGAGAUGGGCCACACAAAGAGUGCCCCCCAAAGGUAGUGAUAAAAAGAGGACGUCGAUAAUGGAUCGAUUGCAUCCGCGUAAAUCGCAAAGUAGUGAGAAGAGAGACUCUGCCGGCGCAAGUUCAAUGGGAACGGAUCUUGACAGGAUACAAGAAGAACAAUCAAAUGAAGCUGCGGAGGAACAGGCGGAGGAUGACGAUAAUGACGGUCAAGGACCUAGAAAGGUUUUCUUUAAUCUUCCGUUGCCACGGGACGCGAUCGACGAGUCGGGUCACCCCUUGGUGCAUUAUAAACGAAACAAAAUCAGAACUGCAAAAUACACCCCUUUGAGUUUCAUACCGAAGAAUAUUUGGUUUCAAUUCCACAACAUCGCGAACGUGUAUUUCUUGUUUUUGAUCAUUCUCACCAUCUUUAGUAUCUUUGGUGCAUCUAAUCCAGGUCUCAACGCUGUUCCCUUGAUUGUUAUUGUCGCAAUUACAGCCAUCAAAGAUGGAAUCGAAGAUUAUCGCAGAACCAUUCUCGACAAUGAAUUGAAUAAUUCUCCUGUUCAUCGCCUUGUUGACUGGAACAACGUAAACGUCAGCGAUGAUGACAUUUCACUAUGGAGAAGAAUCAAAAAGGCUACUUCACGUUGGAUUGUAAGGACACUCAAGAAAAUGAAGAAAGACAAAAAGCUACCCGGAGAGACGUAUGCCCAACGUGCUAUGGAUGUGGACGAGCCUCGACCCUCUUUUGAGUCGAGAGCUGCGCGAGACGACAUUCAAAUGACACCAGUGCCCUCUCCCCUUCCACGAGAUGACGAGCUUGAUGUUCCCGAUCGCCCAACGACGGCUUUCUCUUACGAUGCCAGCGGAAAAGCCCCUGCGGAGAAAAAUUUCGGAAGUUUGAUCAACCGCAACAAUGCAGUAACUGGAAAACCCAGAUUUCAUCAGGAUUAUUGGAAAAAUGUGCAAGUUGGAGAUUUUGUUCGUAUCUACAACGACGAUCAGAUCCCAGCAGAUAUUGUGAUUUUAUCUACCUCUGACCCCGAUGGAGCUUGCUAUGUUGAAACGAAAAAUUUGGAUGGAGAGACGAACUUAAAGGUACGACAUGCUCUUCGUAGUGGCCGAAGCAUUAAACACGCUCGCGAUUGUGAACGAACGGAGUUCACUAUUGACAGUGAAGCACCGCACCCUAAUCUUUACCAAUACAGCGGUGUGGCUCGUUGGACGCAAUACAAUGGAAAGGAUGGACCAGGCGAGGACAUGGUUGAGCCGAUCUCGAUUAACAACUUGCUUCUUCGUGGAUGCAAUCUCAGAAACACGGAUUGGAUUCUCGGAGUUGUUGUAUUUACUGGUUUUGAUACCAAGAUCAUGUUGAACUCUGGAAUCACUCCAAGUAAACGCUCACGUAUCGCCCGGGAACUCAAUUGGAAUGUCGUUUACAAUUUCAUUCUUCUGUUCACCAUUUGUUUCGCUUCUGGUCUUGUCGAAGGUAUCAUUUGGGGACAAGGCAAUAAUACCAUUGAUCUAUUCGAAUUUGGUUCCAUUGGUGGAACCCCGGCACUUGACGGUUUCAUCACUUUUUGGGCUGCUCUUAUUCUUUUCCAGAAUUUGGUACCAAUUUCAUUGUACAUCACGAUUGAAAUCAUCAAGACUUGCCAGGCAUUCUUCAUCUACAGCGACAGCGAAAUGUAUUACGACAAACUCGAUUAUCCUUGUACGCCUAAAUCGUGGAAUAUUUCUGAUGAUUUGGGACAGAUUGAGUAUAUCUUUUCCGACAAAACCGGAACUUUAACUCAGAACGUCAUGGAAUUCAAAAAGGCCAGCAUCAACGGAGUUCCCUACGGAGAAGCAUACACUGAAGCCCAGGCUGGUAUGCAAAAGCGUCAAGGUAUUGAUGUAGAAAAAGAAGGUGCAAGGGCUAAACAGCAGAUUGCUGCAGCGCGUGCUAAAAUGCUGGUCGAUGUUAGAAAACUUCAUGACAAUCCAUACCUUCACGAUGAUGAUCUGACUUUCAUUGCUCCUGAUUUCGUUACCGAUCUCGCUGGCGAAAGUGGUAAGGAGCAGCAAGACGCCAAUUAUCAAUUCAUGUUAGCUCUCGCUCUUUGUCACUCGGUUAUUUCAGAAACCACACCAGGAGAUCCUCCCAAGAUUGAAUUCAGAGCUCAGUCGCCUGAUGAAGCAGCAUUGGUUGCUACUGCCCGUGAUGUUGGUUUCACUGUUCUUGGAAACUCGCCAAAUGGUAUUUUGUUAAACGUUCAGGGCGAAGAUAGAGAAUAUAGGGUUCUAAACCAACUCGAAUUCAACUCGACCAGAAAGAGAAUGAGUGCCAUUAUCCGUAUGCCAGACAAUAGAAUCAUACUCUUCUGUAAAGGUGCAGACAGUAUAAUAUAUUCUCGCUUAAAGCGAGGAGAGCAAGCAGAGUUGCGUCGUACGACAGCGGAACACCUGGAGAUGUUUGCAAGAGAAGGUCUACGUACCCUUUGUAUCGCCCAAAGAGAGCUUGGUGAGCAAGAAUAUCAAGAUUGGAACCGCGAGCACGAGAUCGCGGCUGCUGCCAUCCAGGACCGUGAAGAUAAGCUGGAAGCAGUAUCAGAUGUGAUUGAACGCGAUCUCACCCUUCUUGGAGGUACAGCUAUCGAGGAUCGACUGCAAGAGGGUGUGCCUGAUACUAUUGCACUUCUCGCCGAAGCCGGUAUUAAGCUCUGGGUUCUUACUGGUGACAAAGUCGAGACGGCCAUUAACAUCGGAUUUUCAUGCAACUUACUCAACAAUGACAUGGAACUUAUUGUCUUCAAGAUUGAGGAUGAACAGGUUUCUACCGCUGAAGCAGAACUUGACAAGCACUUGGCAGCUUUCAAACUCACCGGUUCUGACGCGGAGCUCAAAGCCGCCAAGAAGAAUCACGAGCCACCGGCACCAACUCAUGCUAUUGUCAUUGAUGGCGACUCUCUCAAACUAGUUUUAGACGACUCAUUGCGACAAAAAUUCCUUCUCUUGUGUAAAGAAUGCAAGUCAGUUCUUUGUUGUCGAGUCAGUCCUGCUCAAAAAGCUGCAGUUGUGGCAAUGGUCAAGGGUGGCUUGGACGUUAUGACUUUGUCUAUUGGUGAUGGCGCAAAUGAUGUUGCUAUGAUCCAAGAGGCAGACGUUGGAGUUGGUAUUGCUGGUGAAGAGGGAAGACAAGCCGUGAUGUCUUCUGAUUAUGCUAUUGGUCAAUUCCGUUUCUUGCAGCGACUCGUCUUAGUCCAUGGACGAUGGUCAUAUCGCAGAUUGGGAGAAACCAUUGCCAACUUUUUCUACAAGAACGUCGUAUGGACUUUUACAAUUUUCUGGUACCAGAUAUUUGCCAACUUCGACAUGACAUAUCUUUACGAUUACACUUACAUUCUCUUGUUCAACUUGGCUUUCACAUCCGUGCCUGUUAUCUUCAUGGGUGUUUUGGAUCAAGACGUUUCAGACAAAGUCUCUCUUGCAGUUCCUCAACUCUAUAGACGAGGCAUUGAGCGAAAAGAAUGGACUCAAAAGAAGUUUUGGCUUUACAUGGCUGAUGGCUUGUAUCAAUCUGUCAUAAUUUUCUUCAUGGCAUAUUGCUUGUUCGACUCUGGCACUUUUGUUACUUCAAGCGGCCAAAACAUUGAUGACCGAGAGCGAUUUGGAGUUUACGUAGCACCUGCAGCCGUCGUCGCCAUUAACGUAUACAUCCUAAUUAAUACCUAUCGAUGGGACUGGCUCAUGGUCCUUCUUGUCUCCAUAAGUAUUCUCUUGGUUUGGUUCUGGACUGGCGUUUAUUCAUCUUUCACCUCGUCGGACUACUUUUACAAAGCCGCUGCCCAAAUUUUCGCACAAGCCACCUUCUGGGCAGUCACCUGUCUUUCGGUAGUCAUCGCCCUUUUACCACGAUUUGCUAUCAAGGCUGUGCAAAAGGUUUACUUCCCUUACGAUGUCGACAUCAUCCGCGAACAAGUUCGUCAAGGCAAGUUUGAUUAUCUUGAUAAGUCCGAUGAGCGCAUGGACGCAGUGUCCAAGGAUGGUUCAUCGGCAUCUUCUUCUGAGAUCACGAAGCCGAGUAAGCACAUCCACUAUCCGAGCAUUGAUGAAGACCAACGACCCAUUUACCCUCCUUCAGUUGCUCCGACGAACACCACGCACAAUCCUCGAAGUCAAAACGGUAGCGACGGAACAGACUUUACAAGACAUAGAGGUUCGAUGGACCAACUUGGUCCUCGGAUUUCUGUUGACAGGCCACGACCCUCCUUCGAUAGAUUGCGAACGUCGUGCGAUCGAGUUAGACCAAGUUUCGAGGCUAGUAACGACUUUACUUCGGCAGCCCUUUUAACACGCUUAGAAUCAAGUCAAUCAUUUGGGCCGUUAAGAAGUAGGAGGAACGAAGAAAUUUCACAAUGA